AUGGUUUCAAAACCAUAUAAAUGUCUGCAGUGUCCAAAGAGCUUCAAUCAGAAGAUAUAUCUCAUUUGUCAUCAAAGAACUCACACAGGGGAAAAGCCACAUCAUUGUUUGGCGUGUGGAAAGAGAUUCAGUAAAAAGAAAUAUCUAACUAAACAUCAAAAAAUUCACACAGGGCAGAAACCAUAUCAUUGUUUGGAUUGUGGAAAGAGUUUCAGUCAGAAGAUUAAUCUUACUUUCCAUCAAAGAACUCACACGGGGGAGAAACCAUAUCAUUGUUUGGAGUGUGGAAAGAACUUCAGUUUGAAGAAAUAUCUAACUAAUCAUCAAAGAACUCACACAGGGGAAAAACCGUAUCAUUGUUUGGCGUGCGGAAAGAGCUUUAAUCAGAAGAUAAGUCUGACUUCCCAUCAAAGAACUCACACAGGCGAAAAACCAUAUCAUUGUUUGGAGUGUGGAAAGAGCUUCAGUAAAAAGAAAUAUCUAACUAAUCAUCAAAGAACUCACACAGUGGAGAAACCAUAUUGCUUGGAGUCUGAAAUGAGCUUUAGCCAGAAGAAAGAUCUUGCUUCUCAUCAAAGAACUCACACAGAGGAAAAACUAUAUCAUUGUUUGGAGUGUGAAAAGAGCUUCAGUCUGAAGAAAUAUCUAACUAAUCAUCAAAGAACUCACACAGGCGAGAAACCGUAUCAUUGUUUGGAGUGUGGAAAGAGCUUCAGUCUGAAGAGAUACCUAACUAGUCAUCAAAGAACUCACACAGGGGAGAAACCAUAUCAUUGUUUGGAGUGUAGAAAGAAUUUCAGUCAGAAGAUACAUUUGACUUGGCAUCAAAGAACUCAUACGGGGGCGAAACCAUAUACUUGUUUGGAGUGUGGAAAGAGCUUCACUAAGAAGAAAUAUCUAACUAGUCAUCAAAUAACUCAUACAAAGAACUCACCGUGUGGUGAAAACAUAUAA